GGGAGAGAGAGAGAGAGAGAGAGAGAGAGGGAAGAACAAGGGAAGAGCUAAUUUGCUUUUGCUUUCACUUUACAUUCUCGGUAGCUUAAUCACUGAGUAUCUGUGUCCACGCACAUAUACACACAUAUACACACAUAUACACAAAGAUACAAACAAACACACACACACGCUCACACACACAGACACACACUCCCAAACACAUAAGAAAGAAAUUAGCUGAAAAAUUUUGAACCUUCUACAUGGCUUUCAAAUACCCGGAAGUACGAAGAGACGAGACUAAGGUGGAGGAUUUUCAUGGUGUAAAGAUCCCUGAUCCGUACUGGUGGCUGGAGGACCCUGAUAGUGAUGAGACCAAGACAUUUGUAGAGGAACAGAAUAAACUCUCCCUACCAUUCCUGGAUCAGUGUGAGAUCCGAGAGCAGUUUCAUCAACGACUCACCGAACUGUACAACUACCCCAAAUACAGCUGCCCCUAUAAGAGAGGAAACAGGUAUUUUUACUUCCAUAACAAGGGACUGCAGAAUCAGGACGUGUUGUACGUACAGGACUCACUGGACAGUCCGGCUUCCGUCUUCUUCGAUCCCAACACGCUGUCUGAGGAUGGAACUGUGGCUCUCAAGAUGGGUCGUCUGUCGGAGGAGUGUGAGUAUUUUGCGUAUGGUCUGAGCAGCGCCGGUUCUGAUUGGGUGACGGUGAAGUUUAUGAAGGCUGAUGAUGUCACUCAGCUUCCUGAUGUCCUGGAGAGAGUGAAGUUCAGCUGUCUUGCCUGGAGCCAUGACGCCAAGGGCAUCUUCUACAACUGCUACCCCCUGCAGCAGGGCAAGGCCGACGGCACAGAGACCACCACUAACCUGAACCAGAAACUCUACUAUCAUGUGAUCGGCACCAGCCAAUCAGAGGACGUGUUGGUGGCUGAGUUUCCUGAGCAUCCGAAAUGGCACAGCGGCGUCACUAUAUCAGAUGAUGGACGUUAUGCUGUGUUGUCCAUCACUGAAGGUUGUGAGCCUGUAAACCAGUUGUGGUACUGUGACUUACACCAGCUUCCCAACGGCAUCUCAGGUUUGUUGCCGUGGGUGAAGCUGGUGGACACGUUCGAGGCGCAGUACUCCUACAUCACCAACGAGGGCACUGUCUUCACCUUCCGCACCAACCUGGACGCUCCACGCUACCGUGUCAUCAACAUCGACCUGAAGAAACCUGAGAGAGACAACUGGAGCACGCUGAUCCCUCAACAUGACAAAGACGUCCUGGGGUUUGUGGAAUGUGUGAAUCAGAACUUCCUGCUUCUAAAUUACUUACAUGAUGUGAAGGACACGCUGCAGCUGCAUGAGCUCGUGACCGGACGCUGGAUUCGUGAGCUGCCGCUGGACGUGGGCACGGUGGUGGGGAUCAGCUGCAAGAAGAAACACGCAGACUUCUUCUACAAAUUCACCUCCUUCACCACACCUGGAAUCAUCUACCACUAUGACCUAAGCAAAGUGGACGCAGAGCCCACAGUGUUUAGACAGGUGGAGGUGAAAGGUGUGCAGUUCUCCGAUUAUCAGACCAGCCAGGUUUUCUAUCCUAGUAAAGACGGCACGAAGAUCCCGAUGUUCCUGGUUCAUGCUCGCGGGUUACAGAAGGACAGCUCACACCCUGUCUUUCUGUACGGAUAUGGAGGAUUCGAGAACUCCAUCCAACCCUACUACAAUACAGCGAACCUGCUUUUCGUCAGACACCUGGGUGGGAUUCUGGCCGUGGCUAACAUCCGAGGAGGAGGAGAAUACGGUCAGACGUGGCACAAAGCGGGAACCUUGGCCAAUAAGCAGAACUGUUUCGAUGACUUUCAGUGUGCAGCUGAGUUUCUGAUCCAGCAGAGCUACACCACAGCCAGCCGCAUCUCCAUCAACGGAGCCUCCAACGGGGGACUGCUCGUGGCUGCGUGUGUGAACCAGCGUCCUGACCUGUUCGGCUGUGCCGUGGCCGAGGUCGGAGUCAUGGACAUGCUCAAGUUUCACAAGUUCACCAUCGGUCAUGCCUGGACCACUGACUACGGCUGUGCGGAUGACCACGAGCAGUUCAAAUGGCUCAUCAAGUACUCACCCAUCCAUAACCUCCCGUCAGUGGACUCUGAGGGUCCUCCCUUCCCAGCCAUGCUGCUGCUGACGGCGGAUCACGAUGACCGUGUGGUUCCUCUUCACACGCUGAAGUACGUGGCCACGCUGCAGCACGGUGUGGGCCGGAGAGCCAAUCAGAAACAACCGCUCCUGGUCCGAGUGGACACGCGCUCUGGACAUGGUGCCGGAAAACCCACUGCCAAGGCCAUCCUGGAGGACACACACAUCUUCUCUUUUAUAGCUCAGACACUCGGCCUCCGCUGGAGAGAGUGAGACAGGCAGAGAGUGAGACAGGCAGAGAGUGAGACAGGCAGAGAGUGAGACAGCGAGAGAGACAGCGAGAGAGACAGUGAGAGAGAGAGUGUAUAGGAAGGGGAUGAUGCAAAUUUCUUUAGCAGGAUCACAAUUUCUUAAAUCAUAGAAGGAUCUUCACCAGUCAUGGCAACUGUCUUUUUAAUAAAACUGUACUUUUUAAACUGCACUUUAAUCACUGAUUUCACUUCUACUUGUUUAAAAGCAAAAUUAUAAACUCUUUCUCAUGGGUCUUUGCUUCAUUUUCCUCUCUGGCUGAAUGCCAAAUGCAGUUCUAUCAGGUGUUUAGUGUCCUAGCCCAGUACCCUGUGUAGUGAGCAUGUGUAGUGAACAUAAAGCCAUUUGGUACUCAGUCACAUGGCAGAAAAGAAAAACGAAUCUGAAACAUCGAUCAAGUGAUUUUGGAGAUUUAUUUAAUUUUUUUUUGCUAAAAAUAUCACGGCUUAUAGACCGGAGUGAAAAAAGUAAACUUAUAAAAUAAACUAACCAGUAAAUGAAUCAAAAGAAUCAAUUUGCAUUUCGAUUCUGAGUCGACACACACCGGAGAGAUAAGGUCAGCAGUUACCUGUUAGCACCACCUGGGGGCAGCAGAGCACCGCAGCCGGAGUGUGUAGGGGCAGUAACUCAAGACACUGUGAUGUGUGCCUUUGUGUUUAUAAGAAUUACAACUAAACAAAAACAUACAACCAUAAAGAUACACAACUGAGA